AAGACCUUACAACUUCUCAACUCUCCUUCCCUCCAAACAUCUCUGCCCUUUACACACUUCAACACUUGUUUUCCACUCUCAACAAGUGUCUGUCCAAACAAAAUGUCCUUUCUAAGAUUACUCUGCAUUGCUCUUCUCUGCACCGCCGCCACCGCCCGAAUCCCCGGCGUUUACACCGGCAGCGACUGGCAAAGCGCCCACGCCACCUUCUACGGUGGCAGCGAUGCCUCCGGCACCAUGGGAGGUGCAUGCGGAUACGGGAAUUUAUACAGCCAAGGAUACGGAGUGAACACAGCGGCAUUAAGCACGGCCCUGUUUAACGAAGGCUUAAGUUGCGGUGCAUGUUUCGAAAUAAAAUGUAACAAUGAUCCACAAUGGUGUCACCCGGGUAACCCAUCAAUAUUAGUGACCGCUACCAAUUUUUGCCCACCCAACUUCGCCCAGCCCAGCGACAAUGGCGGGUGGUGCAACCCGCCCCGAACCCAUUUCGAUCUCGCCAUGCCCAUGUUUCUCAAGAUUGCCGAGUAUAAAGCCGGAAUUGUGCCCGUUAAUUACCGCCGAGUUCCGUGUCGAAAGAGCGGAGGGAUCAGGUUCACAAUAAACGGAUUUAGCUACUUCAAUUUGGUGCUAGUAACAAACGUCGCGGGAGCCGGUGACAUUCAGAAGGUGUACAUCAAAGGCACAAAAACUCAAUGGAUGCCCAUGAGUCGAAACUGGGGGCAAAAUUGGCAAUCCAACUCUGUUCUUGUGGGCCAGGCCCUUUCCUUUAGAGUGACAGGCAGUGAUCGUCGUACCUCAACCUCAAACAACAUCGCUCCUGCGAAUUGGCAGUUCGGCAAGACCUACGUUGGCAAGAACUUCAGGGUCUAAUUAGUAAUUACACAUAAUUACGCAUAAAUAUAAUAUUAAAAUUUGAAAUAGUGUUUUAAAGUUUAAAGUAAAAGUUUGGAAUGCUGCAAUGCCCGAGAUCUUGUUUCCCGCUAAUUUCUCGUG